AUGUCAACUGUACCGCAUCUGGCCCGCGAGAAAGACAAGCAAGACAAGAUAAAAAGUCUUUGACGAGGUCUCACUUAAAUGAAUUCACUCAAGGCUACUCGAGUGCCUACUCCGAAACUUCCUUGUUCAAAAUAACCAUGGUCAAAGCUUUUCGACUUGUUCUAACUAAAGCGAUCCCUUCUGAAGACAGAAGUCUUUGACGAGAACUCACUUAAGUGAAUUCUCUUGAACGCUGCUCCAGUUCUUACGGGAAAACUACCUAUUUCAAGAUAGCCAAGGUCAAAUUUUUCUGAUUUGUUUCCACUGAAUUUAACUUCUCAUCUGCUUCUAAUUCGAGGAAAUUUGAACUUUUCCUGCCAUCCGCACCGCAAUUAAGUCGUUCCGCUCGGACAACGUAGCGCAAGAAGGUACACUUAUGAUUUGUCGGCGGAAAAGAGGGGUUGUGGCGUAAGUCGAACCCCCGAGAGAUGAUAGUUGAUUGUCUUUGGGCGAGAGGCGCAAGACGGACUGGCCCACGCGACACGACCUGUGGCCCGCUUUUCUCUCUCUCCACUCACUCAUCGUUUUCCGACGCCACUCGUCCUCCUAAAGUCGCACGUUGUAACCGCGACGGCGCGACGAAAUUCGCACAUCCGUGUGGAUAUGACGAAUUGCGGCGGCGGCAGCGUCGCUUUCGUGCUCCUCUUCGGGAUUCUGAAGACGUUGGCGACGGCGGCGACGACCAGAGAGACUCCACAAGGAUGCAUCGUCAACCAGACGCACGUCCUCUGCGAACACUCCCCUCGCGACGCCCUGCCCUUGAGACAGGUCUCUUUUAUUAUUUGAUCUCCUAGUUUAUGAUCAUUUGUGACUAAUUGAUUGAUUGGUAGUGCAAUUCAAAGAUUACUACUUCCAAAAUGGGAAAACCUGAGAACGAAAUUCUUCCGUCUCUCAAAAUCUGAUUUAGUCGCGAAAAUAUCACUUGAGUAAGCCAAGUAACUAUCUAAAGAAAGCUGCUUAUUCUCCUGAGAAAGUUGAGAAUGUUGAAGUUUUUAAUAAUUCUGAUUUCCUAUUUAGAAAGUUGCUAAUAUUCCACUCAACUUGUACAAAGUCUUCCAAAAAGUACUCAGCAAUUAUUAUGUCAAGUUUUAUUAUUUCUCAAAAAAUUGAAUUUUCGCAAACCUAGACGGGAAACUUUCCUGGGAGGUUUAAAGGCACAUAACAUAGACUUUUAUUGAGGUCUCGACGCGAAGAACCUUUUCAUUGUUAUUUUGAGUCAUUCAAGGUUUCUGCACCUUCAAAUUACUAGAAAAAACUCUAGUAGACACUUAAGAGGUUUCUCAAGGUCUACUUUUAGAGGAGACUAAAGUGGCCAUUAAAAAGCCUCUGUGGAAGCUAAUAUUUUCCUUUUUAGUGGCCGUUACUGUAGUUUUUAAUGGUCUAGGAGUACCACUUUAAGUCCUUAAAGACCCCUUAAAUAUGAGUCAUUUAAGUGACUACUAUUUCGACUCCUAUAGUGGCCACUAAGAAGUCCAAAACCCAGAGUAGCCAACUUUCCCAGUCCCCAGUUGGAAAAAAGUUAAUUUUUUCUCUUCGGUCUUUUAAACUUUUUCAUGAUUUUCUUCAACUAUUCAACUAUUUUUCAGUUGAGAGACGCCCGUAGCCUGAGGAACGUCCACUCGAUCAUUGUCCACAACGCUUUCAUCGACUUCACUUCCGACAUUUUCAAUUUCGGUCGGUUUCUUUUCAAUAUUCUGCUCAUUCUGUUUGUCCUUCUCAUUAUACCUUGCUUCCUGGCUCUUUUCUAUUUGUUCUUUACGCCCAAAAAUGCUCCGUUUCGCACCGAAUGGGUGCCGCGGGAGCCUGACAGCAAAAAGUUGUAACGUCAAUCUCCAAUGUUUUUUAUUGAACACUUGCAGGCCAUCACUCACAACUCGGUGUGUAAUGGGCCAUUAUUUAUUGAGGCUUUGGGACUUCAUCAUUGGUUGUAGGCUUUCGUACUUGUAUUUGUAGAAAAUAAAAAACAAUCGCUUUGAAAUUGAGACUUUUUGAAACAAAAAAUGUGCGUCUCUCUUUUUUUAUCGACUUUCCAAUGAUAAUUGAAUAUUUAAAAUAGACUGGCUCUAAUUUAUUAUAAGAGUUAUCUAAAAACGAAACGAGUUAAAAAAAAAACAAGAAAUGAACGUUAAAGUUUGAUUUGAAAUUAUUUUGAAUAUUUCACUUUUCUUGGGAUUAAUGUGGCAAAAAUUUUUCUGAUUUUAGUCCGGCUAAACUUCCUUUCAAUUUUUUUUAGAAACCUGAAAUCUCUGACAAGGGAGGUCGUUUUAUUCUGCGGCUGGGGGAUUUCCUGAGAGUUGGCCAAAAAUUCCUCGACGUACCAAAAAUGUCUUGAAAUCCUGCGCAACUUCUUAUUUCUUGAGAAAUGAGGGCUCAAAAUACCCUAUAUCCACGGAUUUUGAAAGUUUUCUUUGAAUUUGAGAUGCCCUUUCUUACAAGCUAGAAAUUUUGUCACGUUGAGGCUUUCACUAUCUUUUGUUUCUUUUGCAACUAAUGCCCAGCCGCAAAGUAAAGCGACCUUCUUUUUUGAGAAUUUUUAACUUUCUUUUGAACUUUUCGCAAGGACUAUUGUAUCAACUCCAUUAUUUUUUAGUCUACUCUUUAAGGUGGACUAAUUCCCGUUACUGGUUAUUCUACUUCUCUCUUAUUCUGAACUAUUUUUGAUUAUUAUUUUUCUAACAGUAUGCAGUGAAUAAACCUAUUAUUAUCAUUAUUUUUGAAUUAAUUUCGGAUUUUAAGAGGAUUCGCUGCCCAGCGUGAGUCUUCUCGAUGCCAAGUCCAACAAGGUCGACCGGAUCGGCCGGCGAGGCUUCGACAAACUUCACAACGUCGAAUUCCUCUACUUAUCACACAAUCAAAUCACGCACGUCCAACACGAUCCGUUCCUCUCUCUGCAAAAGUAUGAAUUUUCGCAUUUUUAGUGGAAAAAACGACAAAAAUAGAAUUCGACCAAACAAAUUCAAAAAAUUAAAAGGAGGGAAGAGUUAGAUUCGACCUUCAAACUGUUUAUUCGAAUUUGGCUUUUUUACAAUUAAAAAAAAAUCGUUUUCUACCCUUUCACGGGAAGAGUCCGUCCGCCGUGAUUAGAAAGCCCUUGAGUACCUGCGUCUCUCUGUUCUCUCACUCGCUAGAUCAGAGAAACACGAAAAUAGCACAUCAACGAGAGAGGGUUACCGAGAGACGAGGAGAGCGCAAAGAACUCCGGUCCUUUCAAAUAAUCAUAAAUAAGUCGCGACGAACGGACUAUAUGAACCGAAAGUCGCUCCAAGGCUAUUUGUUACCGUAAUCAAGCUUUCAGACUGCAACUCCUGGAGAUGAACGAAGCGUUCGGCGACAUCGACGCUUCGGCCAAGGAAUCCGCCUUGACGACGUUGUUCAGCUCCCAGAACUCCUUCAAAAACCUCAUCGACAUCCAGCUCAACAAUAACAAUAUUCAGCUCAUCGACAAGGACACUUUCUGCAAUGUUGGUCUAUAUUUUCAAAAAAUUGAGGGGAAAAUGUUAGAGGACGGUUAGAUUGAUAAUAUAGCCGAUACGAAUAUUUUGCAAGUCGUUAUGAAGUCGGGUGCAGAUAUAACUAACCGAAAACGUUGAGCCAUUCCUCGUGCGACCAAUAACAUUCCAUUUGAAGAGGACCCAUUAUACUUUUGUAAUAUUUGAAGGAAAUUUUUUUAUGAAACAGAAAAAAGUUUUUUCGUUUUCAAAUUUACGCAGAAGAUUUGACUAAAAUAGCGCUACAAACUUUAAAAAAAAAUUUUUUUCUCAUUUUUUUAAAAAAAGCUUUUUUUGGGGUGUUUUUUUCAGUAAAUAUGUACUGAAUUGAAUUUAAAAUGUACUUUUCCAGGUGAAAGGCCUCAAAAGACUGGAAUUGUCGGAAAACGAAAUUGAAAAUUUCGACUUUGUCAGUGCAUGUCUUUCGGCCUUGGAAGCUCUUGACGUUUCCGGGAACAAAAUUACGACGGUUGGUUUUUUGAGUCCAGGGAAACUAUGAGUUUAGUUAGGUUUUCAGUAUCGAAUUUGAUUCAAAAAGACUUUUUAUUUUAUGAAAUUAUGUUGGGAAUAUGAUAUUCUUAAGAACUUGAGGGCCGAAAGUUGGAAAAAAAUAACUUUUUAGAGAGUUUUCUCUCGAAGAGCUCCUGUAAGCUAACGAAAGUUAUUCAAACAAGACCUUUUUUUCAUUUUUGUCAUCAAUUCAAUUUUUGUCACUUUAUUGAAUGGAAAAGGAAAAGCUGUCAAUGAAAAACCGAUAAAUGGAAAAAUGAAACUUUACAAUUCAACAUCCAAUUUUCUCAUUUUAUAAUAGUCCAAAUCAUUUCGCAGGUCAGUGACGAGGUCUGGGAGUCGCUUCCAUCUUUGUCUUCUUUGGAUGUUUCUGGAAACCCGCUUCAUUGUGAUUGCCAGCUCGUCAAACUGGCCAAGGAUGAGAAAAUCCGAUUUCUGAAUCAGGUCGGUUUUCGCAAAAAAACUCAGUAACAAUUUAGAAAUUUUGCUUGAGAAAGUUCUUAAUAAUUUUGAAAUUUUGUGUUUUUUUGCUUUUUGAAUGAUCUCAUAAAAAAAAUAAAGAUUUGUACUGGAAACCCCUUUUUUUCCCCCUUUUUAUUUUUUUAUCUGUGCAAAAAAAGUGAAAGAAUGGUUUUGAAAGAGAAAUGAUUGGCAUGAAAGCCUGAAAUAAAUAAAUAAAAAGGCGAAAAUAUAUAUAAUUUUUUUCAGGGAAAAAAACGUUUUUGCGCAACUCCUGCUAAAUAUGCUAACAAGAGCGUUUUCGACAUCGGCGACGAGAUUUGCACGACUUCUGGAGGCAGUUCUUUCGUCCACUUUCUGUUCUUGACAAUUAUCGCUGCUUGUGGUGAGUUUCAUGAAAAAAUGUAUCAAUCGAAAAAUGUUUCUUGUUAGAAAAAGAAUUUUCCUAACGAGGAGGUAAAUUCAAAUAGAUUUAGACACAAUGAGAAUCUCUUUUAAAUCUUGAGUCUUUAAUAAUAAUAAUUUAUUCAUCCACAAGGCGAAAAGAAUAAAUAAAUUAGAACCGGUUUAAGGUCACCCUCACGAGUGACUUCACCGGAUAGGAAAUACAAUAGAUAUCACAGUUGAUAAAAUACACGUAUAAGCAUAUUGAGAUUUUUGAGAUCAUAGUAGCCGUCUCUUUAAAUAAAAUGAGGAAAACUUGAAUUUGACGGCUUGAAACUCUAAUUUCUGAUUUCUGAAAAAAAAAGAGAACUGUCUUUUUUUUUAGAGCUUUUAUUCUCAAUUAGGAGGUAAAUUCAGAAGAAGCACCCUGAUAAAUCCGUUUUGAAUCUAGGAUUUUCGAGAAAAAAAAAGUUGAUUGAAAAUUUCAAGCUUUGAGAGCUUAGAAGUCUAAGUUGUAAUUUCGAAAAAAAGUUUAAUUUUUUUCAGAAUUUUUUUAAUUAACUCAAGCUUAUGGGAUGCAUUUUGGAAAUAACUUUUAAAUAUACUGGAAGUUGGGACCUUUAUUUCUAUAGCUAUUUCUUGCAAUCAAAACCUCUAAUGCCGAGUUCAGAGUGGUUCCGAGAAGUAAAAAAAUAAUCUCUGUUCUUCCAAAAACUUAGUGAUCUUUUUCACUUUUUGACGGCUAUUCCGAAUAACGCAGAAUCACUUUCAACACGGCAUACUCUUCAUAAAAACCCUCCAACUUUGUUGCAGUACUUUUUCGCCUACCGUCGCUAUCGGCGAAAACCGGCAGCGGUCGGCUACGAGCACAUUGAACGCGAAGUUUCUCCCCAAUUUGUAUGAAAUCUCUCGCCUUCAUGAAUAUACGGGAAACUUUUUUUGAAGAUUAGAUGUGAUUUUUUUGAAUAAAUUAUUGAUUAAUUUUUGGUUUAAUUGAAAAAAAAUUCCGUUUUCUUUCGAUUCCAGACUUUGACACUGCUUCAUAGUUCAACAGUUUAAGUUUUUUUCACAGAGAAGUUAGAAAAAAUACACAGGAAUUAAAAAUUAGAAACGGUUCAAGUUCUUUAAAGCCCAUUAAAAUCAAAAAAUCAGGUCUGUUGAUUUCUUUGAAGUGUUCAAACGCGGUUGAAAAUAAGAAGACGUUAAAAAAUCAAGUUGUUAAAAUCAGGAUUUCCCAGGAGAUUUUCGGAACUUAUUCAAAUUUCCCAUUUUUGUGAAUUAUUUCAACAGACCUCCCCCAUUUGCAACCACGUCAAACCAAGUGACAACGGAAAAGGAAAGAGGAAAAAAAAACUAGGACCGUCGGUCAAACGUGGUGACAUUGAGACGGUUCGGAGAUGUCGAUCUCGAGACCCCUUCGGAAAGUCUCCUUCUCGGGAUGAUAACCGACACCUUCAAGGGCAGCCGCCUUUGCAACCACUUUACGGCUCCUCCGGACAGUCAUCUCACUCGUUUUGUUCUCCUUCUUCGCUUUUUAUUGUUCAAAAGACCUUUUUCGCUCAAAAUUUACUAUUUCCAUAGUCAGUUUUUCCCAAAUUGAAAUUGGGUAGAUAGGAAAAAAAAAGUAACUCGCGUUUAACCUCGAGUUCCCCGUCGAAAGCCGCGUCGUUUACGCAACGCGUCGUCCUUGCGAGUCCUUCCAUCUGGCGUUUCAGUCCGGGAUCUAUGGGAUAUCUAAGCUGUUCAAAACUCCUAUCUGACCUUUUUAAAGGGGAAAAAGCUUCUAAAAAACGCUAAAUACAUUCUCUUCGUUUUGAGACUCUUUUUGCGCCUUUAAAAAUGGAAGAAAGGGUUUUUGGACAUAAGCAACAGAUCUUCAUUCUCCUCAAAACUGAAAAUUUUAAUUUAUCACAGUUUGUCAGGUUAAAAUUAACCUUUUUGUUUUUUUUUGAAUUUUUUUGAAGUAUCUCACUUGGAAAAUAUGAUAUUCUGUUCAAAAUGACGAUGAAAAACGCAUAAUCCAAUAAAAAAUUGCCUCAACCUGAACGAAUUUUUGUUUUCAAGAACCGACGACUAAAAAAAAGGUCGCCUUUCGGGUAAGUUCGAACUCUGAAGAGUCUUUUCUCAGAAACUGGUUUUUUUGGGAAUAAGGCUCUCAGGAUUUGCAUCUGACACUUCAAUGAGUAGCAAAUUUCGAGAAAAUUUCCAAGAUAUUAUCAAAUUAGUCUCCUUCUAGGAUUUUUCCUUCUAGGAAAUAUUGAUUUUCCUAUACUUUUAUCAAUCUUUGUAAAAUUUAGAGCUACUAGAAGGCCAAAAUUUGGCGUUUGCAUGUUUUUGACAUGAGAAGCUAGGAAGAUUGUCCGAUUCGACCGCGGAAGCUAUGCAAAAACCAGGACUUUGAAGCCUCUUUUGUGGAAAAAUAAGACGUUUUGCAGGCACGUAAUCUUCAUUUAGUAGAUCGAAUAGUGUUCUGCCAGAAGUUCAGAAAACCUUAUUUAGGGGAACUAGGAAGUUGUGCACUACCCUGGCAGUGUACCAAUCUCCUAGGACUUUAUGAACCUCAUUUUUUCUAUAUUUUGAAAGGCAGGACGUUUUUGUGACAACCCAGCGGUGAACAGAGUAUUCGAGAAAGCCAAGAAUCGGUGUAUGCAUGUUCUCGGGCAGGAAGCUUGUCCUAUUUGAGCAGACGACGGAUUACCGCAGUGGGGAGAGUGUUUUCCCUUGUUCUUCGUGCAUUUCUAACCUCGUUUGCCUCGCCUCCUUCCCGUUUUUUUUCCGUCCUUUCGUCCGUCCGUCGUCUUCGUCGUCGUCGUUCGUAACCUUGUGUCUCUGGCGGGCCGCCUGUGAGGUCCAUUGUUUCCAUCUCCGCCAGGGGCGCCUCCUCCGAAGUCCACUUACUUUCGCGCCCAUUUCAUUUCAAUUUUGCACUUCUGUGUCUUGAUUGGUUCCGCCGACCGUUUCUCGAGAGUUGGAAUGCGAAUCGGAAUAUCGAUUUAUAUUUUUCUCGACCCUCUUUGGCCAUUUUUUGAUGACAAUUGAAGCUCAAAGCUUUUUUCUUCAAAACUUCCCUUUUUAUUACCUUCAGUGAGAGUUUCUGGACUUUGAAAAGCCUUCAGACCUUCUGAAAUAAAGCUUGAAUGCAAAUCGAAAACUUUUUUUAUUGAAGAUUUGAAUUCAAAAAAAUGUUCAUUAAAACAGUACUAUUUUGGGGGAAAUUUUCCCUCAUUCAAUCAUUCAUCCCUUCAAGCAGGUGUGAAUAGCUUCAUUUCAAACAAAAUUUGAAAAAAAAGGCUCAAAAAACUGCGUUUAAAAAAUUGCUUACUAUACCUACUUGAUCUACAUUUUGCACAGAACACAUCUCAUUUCACGCUUCGAAUUUCGUUUUCGUCAAAAUGUUUCGUUCUCUUUCCUUUUAUGCUAUUAUUGAAUUGCUGAUGUGUUUUUCUUUUGUUAGCAUUCAAAGUUUUUGAUGAGUGACUGUUUUAUCCUUUUGCAAGACUCAUUUCCAAGGCUUUUUUUGUAUACACGUGCUUUUCUGAAUUUUUCGAAAAAUUGAAGCGUCUGUCUUUUUGGGCUUAAUUUUUUUCGGAAAGAGAUUUUUUUGAAUCGAUUUAUUCUACAUUCGAGGUUGUAGAAAGGUCUAUUUUUUUCUGAUAUACAUGAUAUUUUUUUGUUAACUCUGUCGAAAACUUGAAACUAAAAAUUUUUUUAAAAAUCUUCUUGAAGUUAAAUUUCUUCCGACGCUUUCAUAAGUUGUUUAUAAUUUUUUUGCUGUAGUUUUUCGAAGACAAAAUAUUCUUUAAUUAUCAAAAGAGAUACUAUAACGGGUUUUCUCCCUCGAUUAUAAGUGUAUAUGCGCUUUUAAAUAUUACAGCGAGAAUUUAUCAUGUUUCAAGUUUUAUCGAAUGAUUUUGGAGACUUUUGACAUCAAACUUGGGAAUGAAUAAAAUGAGUCACUUUUGCUGACACGCUUCUGAACACUUCAGAAAGCUUUUUGUUGAACCAAAUACGUUUAAGUUUCAUUUUUCAACCUUUCAGACUUUUUGAAGAUUAUUGAAUUAUUUUGUUUGUUUGGAAAGCUUGUGAAUCUUUUUUUUUUCUUUUGAAUUUUCAUAUAAGAACCUUGGAAACGCAGUAUGCCUUGGUUUAAUUUUUUUCAAUUUAUAAGUAGUUGAGACGCUUUUAUCUGAAAAAGGAAUCAAAAAAGACUCAUUUUUCGCCGCUUAGAAACUUCGAACCUAGUGAAGUUAGUCACUUGUACUGAGAAUUUCAUACUUUUCUAAAUAUUUUAAUGAUUUCUUCAAACUUAGUUUGGCUUAAUUAAUUUUUUUUUAAUUUUUAAAAGUUAGGAAGCUUAUGUUUCGAAAGAAACCAAAAAGGACUACUAAUUCCACAAGAACCUUCGUACAGCGUCGAAUAAGUCGUAGAAAAUCUCAUAUUGCUCUGAAUGGUUCAGCAACUUUUUUUUCAAAACGUAUGUUAAAUUUUAAUACUUUUGAUCUUCCAGAAGUUGAGAAGCUUCUGUUUGGAAUGAACGAAAAAUGACUCAUUUUUAGGCGGUAGGGACCCUGAAACCGUGUCGAAUAAGUCACUUUGUACUGUGAAAAAGAAAAUGAGCAGUGGAGCACUCCACACCGAAACGGAGCGCAAAAUGCGAUUAACGUGAUUAAAUGCACUGUGUCGCUGGGAGGGGGAGCACAUUUGCAUUCGGCCAAACUUUGAUUCCUCGUACGUCUGUUUGAGUUUUGUCCUACACAAUCGAAUGCGGUGGUGUCAAACUCUGUUUAUUUAUUGAUAUGGGCGGCGGGCGUCGAAAAAAUUGGGGCUUUUUUGGCGGAAGGACGGGAAGUGAGGUCAGAUUGGAACAACUGAUAUUUGUACGAUCCGUCGUCCAUCGCCCUUGUUUUUUUCAUUUUCCAUCGUUUUAAAUUGUUUCGUUUGAUUUUGGUUAACAGUUUCGUUUUGUGUAUUGUUAAGGUUUGUUCCAAGUUCCUUGCUGAUUUUUUUUUUGGAGGUUUGAAGGAUUGAGCAACCGGGAAUAAAGUUGGAAAGAGUUUUUGUCUUGAGAACUUUGAGCUUUUCUAAAAAUUCAGUAAGCAUUUUUGUACUAGAAGCUUCUUUGUUUUUUUUGUUCUGUAAGAAGUUUGGGAGGUUCUUAACAAGUGAUUUGUUAUUUCUAGCUUAUUUGACAGUUAUCGGUUUUCUCUAGAGAUUUAACAAUCUGAUAAUUUAAAUUUCAACCUUACAAAGACCCCUUCGACUUUUUUUAUAGCCAAAAAUCGAUCAUGGGGUUUUUGAGAAGAAUUUUUGAAACUUUAAAUCUUUUUAUCGAUCCUUUAUAUUGUUCAAAUGAAUGAAGAUUCAAAAAGAUCAACAACGCUCAUCUUUCUUAAAAAUGUUCAUCUUAAAACAGAAUUUUGAACCAAUACCUUUAGUCGUUCAGAAAUCUGAUUGAUGAGAGGCAAGUGUCUUGGUUUUUUCAAAAACCCACUCAACAACUGUCAGAAUCCUGUUUUUUGAUUUGUUUUCGUCAAAGAAAAUAAAAAUUCAAUCUUUGGGACGUUAAUGACUUGAAAUCUGAAAUAAAUGCUCGAGAUUUUUCGUUACUGAGUUUUUAAAAAAUCGAGAAUAGAAACUUCGAAAGAAAGUUGUUUCACAACUCGGAAGCCUUUUGAAGCGAAUUUCUCGAUUUCCAGACUUUUCUCGUUCUCCUUUAGGAUCACUAGUUCUCAUUGACCAAAGCGCAGAAUGUAACAAAAUCAAAAGCAAAUUUUCUAAAAUAAACAGUUUUGCAGCAUUUUUCACUUAAAAAAAUUCCCAUUGCUCCACAAACUACACUUUUUCGGAACUGCUGAAAAAUCAGGAAAAAAGGGCUGUUAGCGUCGAAGAAUGGGUUGUUUUGCCUUGUAUUGGGUGACAAGAAGCGAACGUUCCAAACGCAAACAUUAUUCCGUUGCACCGUAUUAUCGUCAGGACCGAGGGCUGGCGCCGAACCCGUGCGUUGAUUCAUAUCCACCUCCGGCGCCCAGUUGGACUCGUUCCAACUACGUUUUUUUUUGCCUUUUUUCUGUGGAUAUGUUUUUUUUGGCAAUUAGAAUUGGUUCGCCGCUAGCCUUGGACAUUUUUUAUAGUAACAUUCGUAAUAUUAAUGUAAUAGUGUAGGGAAAGAAGAUGGUGUCGGAAAUUUAUGUUGUGAUAUUUGUUUGUCGGAAGCUAGUAUAUGAUACAGAGGUCGCUAGAAAUGAAGCAAUACGUUUUUUUUUACCAAAAAUAAUAAUAUCCCUUUUCUUUGUGCUUUCAUGAAGCUAUCGAAAUUUCGAAAAAGUUUCCGAUUUUCCGUUUCAAAAACAGGAAAUUUUUUUUUCCCCGUUUUGAAAUGCUUGGGAGCAAUUCUAUGUAAAACUUUUCAUAAAUUCGCAUGAGUAAGGUUUUUUUUUUCGUUUAAAAUGAUUUGGAUGAAGACUCUCAAAUUCAUAUUCCGAUAUAAGAUCGAAAGUGAUUAAUCACUCGAAAAAAUCGAAUAUCGUUUCGAAGUUUUCAAAAAUUGUUAUCGUUCAGAAUUGCCCGGAAAGGAAUUCUUAUGAAGCUGAGAGGGAGAAAAAAAAACGAAUAUGAAUCAUUUCAGGAAGUUUUCCCAUUCCGAAACAGUCUCUCAUGUUCUUCUCGCACGUUUUUUUGACUUCGAAUAUAACUAGCAAUCUUUUUCAAAACGUUUUCAAUCAGAAAGUGGCCCUUUUCAGGCGCUCUUUCUUGAUUUCGAUUGCCAAGAUUGUACUGAAAUGCAUUUAAAAAGGGGAUCAACCUAUAUUGAGAAGUUGAUUUCUGUCAAAGGAAUGAAGUUUCAAUUUUUGAUUUCAAUUUCGCUCUCUCUCCGUUCUGAUUUUAAAUUUUUUGUGUGAAAUUCAUAAUUCACAAAUUCACGGAGGUUUUUUGUCGUUUCCGAACCUUUUACUCUUUUUUUGAAUCGAAAUUCUCAAAAAAAUGAACUGAAUUCGACAGAAAAUUGGAUCAGUUCAGCUCGAUUCUUUCUUCUUCCCGAUUCGUUGUUUGACUGAUGACUCUUCUUUUGAAAUCGCAUUCCUUUCAUGGCUCUUUUUUAUGUUGAUAGGCGAGAGACGUUCCUCUCCCACACGAUCGCGGGAAAAAAAGUCAGAAUUUUUGCAGUAUUAUUCACAUUUUUCUCCGUUGUCAUUUUAUUGUCUGGGAGUUUGUGUGGGAGUCGAUUGUUUGCUGAUUUUUUCAACGAAAAAAUGGUCUGAUUGGUAGAUUUUUGUCGGUUUUCGUGAGGCAAAAAGUUUUUUUUAUUACUUGAAAUCGACUAAAUGACGCUCUAAAUUUUUUUUCCUCAAUCUCGAUCCGAAUUAAGCUUCGAUCUUGAUUCAGUGCGUAUUUUUUUUUACGAAACUUUAUGUUUUGGCCUUUCCUUCAAAAUUUUGUACGUGAAAAUGUCUAAAUAUGCCAUUCUACAGUUGCUGUUGAACAUUGAGCCCUAGAUACUGUUUUUUUUUCACACUUUUUUUUUCUUAAAAUUCGAGUUGCUCAGCUUUUUGAGCCCUUUCAAAGUAUGAAAAACGAUUUUUUUUUUCGGCUUAACGUCAAGAACAACUUUAUGAGACAUUUUAAAGCAUUUCAAGCAUUUUAGUGGCGCAGAAUUGUCUCAUAAUCGAUUCAUUCUGCUACUAUUCUCAUUUUUUAUCAUUUGGUGUCAAAAUUUGAACAGCCCCUUCUCUUUUUUGCUGUACAGCUGUUACAACGCAAGAACUCUUUCCCGGGCGCGUGUUCUUGAUGUUCUUUUCGUUUUUAUUGCAAAUUGCCUUGAAGUUCCUCAUUUUAUUCUUGAGUUUUUCAGGAUUUCAACGGAGAAAGAGCGGGGGAGGCGGCUUUUGUCGACGGUUUUCAUAAGAAGCGGCGCACAAAUCAGAGGAAAAUGUCGAAAAAAGCGGUUGGUUUUCGGGAUUUUCAGGGAGUAGAGGAGUAUUUUAACCGGUUCUUUGGAAGGAAAAAUUCUUGAAAUCACAUUUAAAAUUGUUUUUUUUUUAAAUAUUUUUUUAGGAGAAGGAAUAUGAAUAAAGCGCAGUUUUUACGAAAUUUUAGAUAUUCAAAAAAUUCAAAAAAAAUUUUUUUCAAAACGGAUAUUUAGAGUUCAGAUUAUUUUUUUAUCGCAAGUCAAACCAUUAUUAUUUGGAUAAGGACUUCUCAAAAUUUUUGAAAUUACUAUUCCAGGUUAUUAACAUUUUGUGAAUAUUCAUAAAAACGGAAUUUUGAAACAUUUUAAUAUAUUUUAACCCACAAAAAAUUAUAAAAAGUCCUUUAUUCGUGAAAUCAAACGUUUUCAGCUCAAAGGAAACAAGGAACUAAUUAAAUUUUUCUUUUGAGACUGGGCGAUAAGUUAAAGAAAAAAAAGAUGAGAAGAAUGGAUUUUCGUGAUGGAAAGAAGGUUGAGGCGAAUUAUUCGAAUAAACAAAACGAAGGCAAAUGAAUAAUUUAUGCCAAAAAAAGAUGAAAAUUUCAAAUUUUUGAAAGGGAAAAUUCAAAACCUACUUACUAAUUAACUACACUGGUAAGAGGGGCGAAUGCUGAUAAAAGAAGGGGAGAAAAUGUUGGCAUUAUCAUUGGAAACCUCGGCACACGGCGCUUAUCAGAAUCCGCUCAUUUUCUGCUCACAAACUCGCUCCACACUACCGCGCCUUUUCACUAUUUUGUGUGUACGCGAAAAAUGGUCGCCAUCCACGAUGAUGUUGGUUUUUGCCCCGUUUUCAGUUGGAAAUAUUCAGUUUUUUUUUUGAGUUUUUAAGAAAAAAAUGAAUGUUUUCAGAGUAAUUUCUGCAAUACCAAAACUGACGAGUUUUUCGUUGAAAAUGAUUUUGAGAAAUAGGCGAAAUUAGAGCCCGAAGAGCUUUUAAAAGUGAGCUUUACAACGAUUAAUUCCAAGACGUAACUUUAUACAGUUAUUUGUACGUGCGAAUUUGAGUUUUUCGUUGAGAAUUCUCAAAAAUUUUCAAAAUCUGGAGUUCGCGCGUAAAAAUCACUUUGAAAAGCUAUAUAUCGUUGUAGGACCAAUUUCUAGCUGGGAAACGUAGUUUUUCUGAAUUUUUUUUUUGGCGUUCUCGGAAGAAAUUUGAGGAAAAUGAUGCACAAGCAGUAAAAGUGACAGGUUAAGCUUCGCUAAAAAUUGAAAAUAAAGUUACCAAACAUUUUUUUAAAUUUUUCGGUAUAAUACUUGAUAUUUUUUUGGCUUAUUUUUCAGUUGCAAAUGGUGUUUUUUCGAUAAUAAAUUAGUCGGUUUUGCGAAUUUCUCAUCUGAAAAAGCCUCUAAUUUUUCUUUUUUUAACUUUUUUUGAAUUUGAAAAUGUUAAUUCUUGAAGACAUUACAGUAAAAGCUUUCUUUUUUUGUGAAUAAAAUUCCUGUCUUGUGGCGAUAAGCCGUUUUUUUAGUUAAAGUCUGGGUCAUGGAAUCAAAUAAAGGUUUUUUUAUAGGUUAUAGGCUUCAGUGACAUUUCAAAAUCAUUUGGAGCUGAGAAAAAUAUGUGAUUUAUGUUUUGAAAUAUAGUUAACAAAUAGGAACUGAAUAAAUGUUUGUAUUUUGCAGAUAAAUGUGCGCGUCACGACGAUGGACGCGGAACUGGAGUUCGCGAUCCAGUCGAGCACCACCGGCAAACAACUUUUUGACCAGGUCCUUGAUUUUUCUUUAUUUGAGCAAAAUAAACAUUUCUCCAGGUCGUCAAAACCGUUGGCCUUCGCGAAAUUUGGUACUUUGGUCUUCAGUAUAUCGAUAAUAAGGGUUGGUUAGAUGGAAAUUGAAGGGAUCAUUAUAAAAAUAUAGACUUUUCAGUCUUCGGAAUGAUAAAUAUACGGGGUUUUGGUGAAAAUUGAGCUGAAAGCUUUCUUUCAGAAAAGUGUAGGUGCCAUUAAUUUGGAGUUCAAGUCUUCGAACUUCUUUAAUUUACUUGAGUUUUUUUUUCUGUUCUUUAUAGUUCUGGAAAACUUUCUCAGGGGAAUUUUCUGAUUAGAGAAAGAUAAUCUCAUUUUUCCAGUUGAUUUGAGAUUUUUCUGUACUUUUUGAAAAUUUUCCAGGAUUUCCCACGUGGCUGAAGCUCAACAAGAAGGUCCUUUCUCAAGACGUUAAGAAAGACUCGACGUUGGUUUUUAAAUUUCGCGCCAAAUUCUACCCGGAAGACGUCGCCGAGGAGAUCAUCCAGGACGUUACGAUGGUAAUAAUUUAUUUCGUUUUUUUAGGAAUAAUCCUCGAAAUUUUUGAAAGUUUAUCAGGUGAAAAUUGUGGAAAAAAAAUAUCAAAGUUUUAUAUUUUUUUGAAGAAUUUCGAUUAUUUUUUUAGCGGAAGAUUUUUUUCAAAAAAAUGUAAAGUUGAACUGCAAGAGAAGAAGUUGGGAUGGAGAAUUCGAGGGAUUACUUGAGUAUUUUCAAGACUUUUUAGGGGUCUCUUUCCAUUUUUUUCAGAAGUUUUUUUAUUUGGGAUUUUUUUAAUAGAUAGAAAACUUUUUGUUUCUUUUUCGAUCGGAAAUAUACAAGAACCGGGUAUUUACUAAAAGCAAUUCCUAAAAUUUCUUCGAAAAAAAUUGAAUUGAGAUUCUCAGGGAAUACUUUUUUUCGAAAUAUUCUUUUUUUCAAAAAUGUGUCCUCAAUAGAACAUUUUUUUAGGGGUCUCUUUCCAUUUUUUUCAGAAGUUUUUAUUUGGGAUUUUUUUAAUAGAUAGAAAACUUUUUUUGUUUCUUUUUCGAUCGGAAAUAUACAAGAACCGGGUAUUUACUAAAGCAAUUCCUAAAAUUUCUUCGAAAAAAAUUGAAUUGAGAUUCUCAGGGAAUACUUUUUUUCGAAAUAUUCUUUUUUUCAAAAAAAUGUGUCCUCAAUAGAACAUUUUUUUAGGGGUCUCUUUCCAUUUUUUUCAGAAGUUUUUUUAUUUGGGAUUUUUUUAAUAGAUAGAAAAACUUUUUUUGUUUCUUUUCGAUCGGAAAUAUACAAGAACCGGGUAUUUACUAAAGCAAUUCCUAAAAUUUCUUCGAAAAAUUGAAUUGAGAUUCGGUGGUAUGAAAAGAACACCAGCGAAAAUUCAAACGGCGACUUUUCCGAUUUUUUCAAAUCGCUAGGGAACUUUCCGACGGCCACCUUUCCGACUAAUCUUUUUUUCCGACUUUUUUUCUCGAUAAAAUCUUCGUUUUAAAUCUUCCUAUACAAAUUAGGUAGUUGGUUCAUGAUUAAAAACACAAAGAAAUAGGGAUAAAAAAAUGUGAAUAGAUGUCUUAUAAACCGAAAAAAAUAUAAGGGAAAAAAAGUCGGAAAAAAAGUUUCGUCGGAAAGGUGGCCGUCGGAAAGCUCCCUAGCGAUAUGAAAAAAUCGGAAAAGUCGCCGUUUGGAUUUUCGCUGGUGUUUUUUUCAUACCCCUGAGAUUCUCAGGGAAUACUUUUUCGAAAUAUUCUUUUUUUCAAAAAAAUGUGUCCUCAAUAGAACAUUUCAUUUAUUCAUGAUUUCAAUCAAUUUCCGGACAUUGGGAAUUUUUUCGUAUAAACUACCACAAAUACCGCCUUUUUUGCAUUUUGAAGGCAUUUAGAACGUUGCGUGAAUCGUAUUUUGUCGUGGAAAGGUUAUAGAGCGGCUAUGACAUUAUUUCUCGGCCUACGUUUUUUUAUUCUUUUUUUUUUAAGCACUUUUUUGUAAAACCUAAUUUCUGUGGAAGUUUCCAUGAGCCCACGGUUGUAAUUGGUUAUAAAUUUCGAAGGCUUUGUAAUUUUCUUCGCUCGAACUUUUUUUCGAAGUUUUAUAAAUUGAUUAGAAAUCCUUAUGCCGUGUUAAAGUUUAUCACCGCGAAGUUUAAAAUGAUUUUUGACUCUCCAAAAGUUAGCUAUCUUUUUCUUUCUGUGGCGGCUAUUUUGAGUUUCGCAAAAUCAGACAAGGCAUCAUUUUUUUCUUGCAUUCAUAUUCAUUAUCAGAGCAUUUCUGUGUCUCUUUUCCCAAUAAUUGUUCCCGAAUUUGCCAAGACAUCAUUCUUUCUCCAUGGCACUCCCUUAUCAGCAAACGUUGGCAAAAAGUUGUCCGUCCAGAAACUGAAAAUCGAGAAUUGAUCGAUGGGGUGCACGUUUUUCCCCUGGAUCUCAAACGGAAACGCGACUUUUUUGGGCGUUUCUCCGGCCCGUCCCCUCAAUGCAUAAUGUAGGCGUGAGAAUGUUCAAUGAGUCAUGUAUAUGUGUUUGUGUGCUGAUGGCGUCGGACACCCGGUUUGACGAAACCAAAUUUUGGAUUGAACGACGGGGAUUUCUGGGAAAAUAAAGGGAAUUUCAGAGUGAUUUGAUAGAAAAUUAAGUUUAUGAACUCUUUAAACUUUGCAGAAAUUUUUGAAUAGUUAAGGUUGGGUUUUGAGGAAUCACAAAAGCAAUUAGAUUUCGACAAGACGAAAUUUUUUUAUUGAAGGAAGGAGAUUUUUUUCGUAAUAUAACGGACUAAAUUUUAAUAAAAAGCGGUACUAUUUCUAAAAAUUUCAGAACUUUCAGGAGCGGUUUUCGAGAAUUUACCGAAGUAAAAAAAUUUUUUUGUCGUUAAGAUUUUUUUGACGUCAUGAUAUUUCUAUCAAAGGAAUUUUAAAGAAAUUAGACUCAAUUUUUUUGAAAAAAAGCAGUCGAAUUCGUAGGCCCUUCUACAGUUUUUUUCGCAGGUUUUUUUGAGGAGUUAGAAAGUAAAAAAAUCUUGCCGGAAAAAAAGGUAUUUGAUUUUUUUUUUAGUAAGAUUUCCUUGUGUCACGUUUUGUCAAAGUCACGUUUUAAAAUCGAAAAAAAUGUGACGGUUUUUUCGGAAUUUGUUAAAGAAAAAAAGAGCCUCAAAAAAAUCAGUUUGGAAAAGCAUUUUUGCGAAACAAUGUAUAUAGAACUUUAUAAAGUAGAAUUUUCUGUUGCAGCUUUGUAAUUCGUUCAAUAAUAUAUUUUUUUUGCAAUUUUCGUCUCGUCAGGAAAUAUAUUUUAUUGAAUACACCCUAAACUCCUAGCGAGAGAUCAUAUUCCGAGGACGCAUCUUUUUUUUUUGGUCCAAACCGAACCCGGGUGCGUCACACGUGUCGCAAAAAAAAAGAUUCGACGUCGCAAAUUUAUGGACAAAAAGAGAGAAAACGGCUCGGUUGCGAAGGAGCGACGAAAUUGCGUUUUGAAUGGACCUUUUUUGGGAAGUUCCUGACCGGAAUCGGGGACCUAGUGAAAUAUUCGCUUUCCCGCUGAAAAAGGAUGGGUUUAUUUAGUGUGGAUGAAGAAAGUGAAGAAAAAAAACCGUAUAUGAAGUAAAAACUUGAACUUUUUGAUACCAAUGCUGUGGUUCUUUUUUAAGUAAAUCGAAAAUAAGCAAGUAAAUCGAAAAUUUUCGAAAAUCGCAAAGAAAAAAGAGAAGAAGCUGGAAAGAUCAGAUUAGUAAGAGGAAAAGGUAGCGUGGAAUUUUUUUUUUCUAAUUUGGUUAAAUAUUUCUUCGAACUCCGCCUAGUUUCCCUUUGUGUUUUGGGCAAUACUACGUAUUCAAAGAAGAAAAAUGGAAUUUAUAUAAAUGGAAAAAAAUAAAUGUAAGUUUAUCGAUGAAAAGACCUCAUUAUAAUUGAAGUCUAAGGAGAAAAAAUAGUUGUUUUUUCGCUUUGGAAGCUCCUAAUUUUUCAGCGUCUGUUCUACCUGCAAGUGAAGGACGGCCUCCUGUCGGAUGAGAUCUACUGUCCGCCGGAGACUUCGGUCCUCCUGGCCAGUUACGCCAUGCAGGCCAAAUAUGGCGACUACAAUCCGGACACCCACACGGCUGGAUGUCUGACGGCUGAUAGGUACACGUGUUUCUUAAAUUUUGAAACAAUAUUUAAAAAUUGGUUUGAAUGAGGAAUCUUGGACGCAGGUAACUGCUGAUAUUUCUGUAACAUUGGGAGAAUAAUUCAAAAAAAAUAAUCAUCCAAAAUUUUGAGCUUAGUGUAGAUUUUUCAUCAAGUCUUUUUCCGGAUUCACUUUUUCUAUCGUACUCAGAUCUUGCGGGGAUAUAAGGAGUAGCCAGCACUCCUCAAGUAAUCGCUAGAGACAGAAUAACUCCACUUGAGUGACCACUCACAGAAGAACUUUGAACCUUUGAUGGAACUCGGCUGAGUUGAACUUCAGGGUCUUCUGAUUCCAUAACAAGACAAAAUUUUCCAGAUUUCAGUCGAGUUAUUAGCGUUAUGAAUGACUAUAAGGCAAAUAUUGAGAAAGUUUGUCUUAUUAUAUGGGGUUCGAAUAGAAUUUCAGCCAAGUUUAAGCAAAGAAUCAAGGAUAAAAAAAACCCUUCCCUUGUUGGGUCAUUGAUUCCUUAUUUUUAUAGAUUUUCACCGAGCUGUUUUAUACAUAACUCGCUAGCAACCUUUGCUGUUUCAGACUGCUCCCGCAGCGCGUCCUCGGACAGUUCAAACUCAACUCGGAGGAAUGGGAACGGCGGAUCAUGACCUGGUGGGCCGACCACAAGGGGACGACCCGAGAACAGGCGAUGCUCGAGUAUUUGAAGAUCGCCCAGGACCUGGAGAUGUACGGAGUCAAUGUGGGUGGUUGUGUGAUCGUCGUAAGAAAAAAAAAUGUUUUUGGAGAAUUUUUGAUUUGAAAAAGUCGUUCUGUUCUGGAGAUUUUUUAAUAGCGAGUAAAAUAAUGGUGUGCUUGAAUAAGAAAAAAGAUAUUGAAAAAAUGCUUGUUUUUUCACAGAAAUCUUCAUUUUUAUGAUGAUAAUGGAUCCAAUUUCUCAAGAGAAAAGGUUGAUUUCAAGACAAAAUUGAAGUUUACGAAAUUAAUUAACUUUUUUUGAAAUGAGCGUUCUACGAAAAUUUUUCUCACUAGGGAACUACUCGGACUCGGGUACGCGUAUCGAGUUCAAACUUUAGUGGUUUAUAGACCUAAGUGAGAAUACUUGAAAAAAAAGUGUGAAUAUCUGCUAAACCCAAUAAAGAACUAGAAAAUUUGAAAAUUAGGCCUGAGAAUUUUCAGAAUAUUGCUUUUUACCUUAUUUUUAUAUUUUAAUACAAUCGUCUUGAAUGAUCCGGCUAUGAUAAACUCUAAAAAAAACUUUAUUUCCAGCCAAAAAGAAAAAAAGGAAAAACUGAAAUUUGAUAAUUUUCAAGCCUAAAUUGUUCAUUUUUCAAAAAAAGCUUUUUCUCAGAAGCCUAUGGGGUUUAGCAGAAAAUCUCUCUUGUUUCCAAGUACUCUUACCCGGGUCUAGGAGCCACCAAAGUUUCAACUUGAAACGCGUACCCGAGUCCGAGUAGUUCCCUAGUCAGUAUUUUUUUCUCUUGCUUUUUUUUUUUUUUUGACACUAAGGUUCUAUAUUUGAUUAUGAAUAAAACAACAAAUCGGAACGAAUUAAAAUGCAAUUUUUCUGCUUUUCGGUAGAUCUUUCUCUUUUUGCCUUUUCUGGAAAUGGAGAUUUUAAACUUUGAAGAUUUUGAAAAGAAACAUAUAUAUGUUUUUCUAAAACUUCCUUGUUCUUUGAAGAGAUCUCCUAGACGAAUUCCCUUUUUCAGUACUUUGAAAUCCGCAACAAGAAAGGCACCGACCUGUACUUGGGAGUGGACGCUCUUGGCCUGAACAUUUACGAUAAGGCCGAUCGAUUGUCGCCGAAGGUAGUUUCAGAGAAAAAAAACGAAGAAGAUGAUCAUUUUUCUCCAGGUCGGAUUCCCUUGGUCCGAAAUCCGCAACAUUUCCUUCAACGACAAGAAGUUCGUCAUCAAGCCGAUCGACAAGAAGGCCCAUGUCAGUGUAAAAAAUUAUGGAUUUUCAUGAACACAAUUUUUUAUAUUGAUCCGAAAAAUUUUUUUUGAGCUCAUUUGUCGGAAGCAGCUUCAAUAUGCAUUGAAAAAAUUUUAAAAAGUUUUUAUAAAAUAAUUUUUGAAUUUCUGAGUGUAUUCAAAAAAGUAGGGAGUUCUUAAAGUUGUGCCAAAAAUCUGAGCAAUCUGAAUGGAAGUUUGGUAAUACUAUCAAUUUACGGAGUAUGAAAUUUUUUUCGGAAAGAUCCAUGUUUUGUGUGGCCCGCAAACCGUGUACAGUACCGUCAGAAAAAUUGCGAGAAAAUUUUUUUGCUCACAAUUCCUUGUAUGGAGCUCUAUCUUUCGGAAAAUUCCUAAGCUGUGUUAUUUUUCCUGUAAGUUGAAAUUCAACCUGAGUGUUACAAAACAAAGAUCCAGAAAUAUUGAACUCCAUACAAGGAAGUUGUGAUCAUAAACCGGUUUUUUCGUAUCUUUUCUGAUGGAACUUUAUUCACAAAAACUUUUUACUCGAAUCUUCGGAGCGGAUGGUUGUAUUUUGCAGGACUUUGUCUUCUACGCGCCACGCCUUCGCAUCAACAAGCGAAUCCUGGCCCUCUGCAUGGGCAACCAUGAGCUCUACAUGCGACGCCGCAAGCCCGACAGCAUCGAAGUCCAGCAGAUGAAGCAGCAGGCUCGGGAGGAGCGGGCUCUGAAGCACGCCGAGCAGGAACGCCUCAACAAGGUGUCUCGUCGAAUAUUUUUGUCGGAAAAAAAGAAAUUGAUCCAAAUUGAUUGGUUCAUGUGCUUAUUCCAUAGAAGCCUUUGUUUCGGGAAAAAAAUACGCAGAAAAUGGCCUCACUUUGAAUAUUUCAGAAAUUUGCGAAAUAAAUUCCAAAAACAGAUGUAUAGGAGCAUCUCAUUCGAAGAAAAAAAACACUUAAAACCCAACUAAACUGGGAAUACAUUGCAGGAGACGAGUGCCCGCGAAGAAGCCGAAGCACGACAACGCGAGGCCGAAGAUCGCAUGGCACGGAUGACGGCCGACAUGGAGCGGGCGAAGCGCGAGCUCGAGGAAGCCCACAACACGAUCCACAGCCUCGAGGCUCAGCUCCGACAGCUCAAACUCGCCAAGGAGGCCCUCGAGUCAAAGGAGGUCGAGCUCCGCGAGCUCACUGCUCAGCUCCAGAGCGAGAAGGCCAUGAGCGACGAGGAGAGACGUCGUCUCCGCGAGGAAGUCUUGUUCAGGGAGAACGAGGUGAGUAUUAGAGGGCUCAUAGAGAAUAGAUUCUGCCAAUGGAGAAAAAGAAUCUGAUAAAGUUGUCUCAUGGCUCAUAUUUGAACUAAGAAUAUAAGAAAACGGCCGUGUUGAUAUCUGAAACUUCUAACUGUGUAGAACCUGCAGAAUUAUUCUGAAUGCUUUGACUUUUUGAGUUGAAACUUUUAGUUUAGUUCUUAUAAAUACUUUGUUUCGUAAACUAAUUGUUCUUCUGUAGGUCUCCGUUAUGCGCACUGAGGUUGAACGACAAGCUCAAGUCACCAACCACCUUCAGUCCCAGGUUUGAAAAGUUUUCCAAUAUUUUUUUCCUUGAGACUUUCCGAGCAGAACUUGAAAUUUUCAUCCUUUUUUCCAGGUCGACUCGCGCAACCGACAACUGCACCAGCACAACAAUAUUCACACGCGUGAGGAGAUGCACACCGACGAGGAGGAGAAUGGAACUACUGGUUGGUUUCAGAAGAGAUUAGAAGAAAAUUAACAGCAAUGAAUUGUUGAAAAUUCCAACAGUUGCUGUAGGUCGGGUGAACAAUAUCUUGCGGAAUAGCGUCAUCCCUACAAGCUUAACUUUUUUGAAAAUCGUUUUUAUCCAAUCUUCAAAUUUUGAGUUCAGCUAGCGGGGAAUUGAACAUCUACAAUGACUAAAGCGAAGAAAAAUAAAAGAUUUUUCUGGUGAUAACUAAAUGUCUUCCAGAACUGACCAACGACGCCGACCAGGAUGUUCCGCAACGCGAACUCGACCGCGUCACGGCCGCCGAGCAGAACGUCAACAUCAAGACCAAGCUGGAGCUGCUCACCCGGGAACUCGCCGACGUCAAAGACGAACGCGGCGUCACCGACUACGACGUUCUUCACAUGGAGGUCAAUAUGAGGAUAAUGGAGGCUGAGAUGUUUUGAAACGGGGAUGAUAAGAUCUUUCGAAGUGAAAGACGGCUUAUAAAAAUAUAGAAGAUAAUUGAGAUAAAGAUCAAACUUAGGGAGGAAGUUGACUUUUCUUGGCGUUUUAGAAGAAUAUCCAAUUCCUUUUGAAAAUUUUUAGUUCACAGGAUUUUCAAACACGGUAAAAGAAAACUACAAAAAGUCAAUUUUAUCGGCGGUGUGAGCAGUUGAAAGAAGAUAUUUUUAUGAAUUAUGGUCAUUUUUUUCUUCACUCGCCAUUUUUUUGAUGAAUUCUGAUGCCACGUGAAUUAGAUUGAAGAAGUCACCGUCUUUGUGUUUUCUUAUUCCAAGGCGAAGAUCGCUCUCUAUUCGGAUGAACUCUCAGAAUGACCGCGAGGUUUUGAGCCCUUCCAAAUGCGACCAAAUCCUUUCAAACCGUGGCCAUUGUAUCACAAAAUUAUUUUACAGCAAAAAGAUGCAUUUCUGAACUUGAAUAUAGAUUUGUAAUGUAAUUAUUUGCAGAACAAGAAGGCCGGCCGCGACAAGUACAAGACUCUGCGCCAAAUCCGCGGAGGUAACACAAAACGCCGAAUCGACCAAUAUGAAAAUAUGUGAUUCCCCCAUAUCACCACAAAGAAUCCCCGUUUUUUUAAAUCGAUAGUAGGUUGUUGAAAGUGAAAAAAAUCAAUUUUAAGUGUAUUUUUGUGUGUUAAUUAUUCUAAAUUUGUUCCAAUUCACCCUGAAUAAUGUUUGAUUUCGAAACGUUGUGCCAACUUUUUGUUUUUAUCGUUUGCAAGAAUUUUUAUGUAUUUUUCACAUAUCUCUCUCUGUUAUCAUGCCUUAAAAAUCCCGAAUAAAAAUCCCCGUUCAGCACUUUUUCUUUCUUUCUUUCUUAUUACUCUGUUUUUUUGAUACAAAAUUCGACAAUCAUAUCCGCCCAUUGCCAGCUCCUUUUCUCGGAUUCUCUAUCUUAUUUUUUUUACAAAAUAUUUAUUCCUCGAACGCGAAACAAUUCUCUCCCCAAGUCUAGCGCAAUUUUUGCACGGUUUUAUUUAUUGAUUGAUUUCUAAAGUGAUUUUUUUAAACCGACUCGGUUUGAUUUUAAUCGAAUUCACUUAUUUUCUCAUACGUGCAUGUGAAUAAACGUAUUCUAUGAAGAAUCAAGUAGCAAUGAAAGAAAGUUGAAGUUCAAAUAAAAUAUUUGAAGAAAUUUGGUUACUGUAAUUGUCCUCCUCGCAUACACGUACUGCACCGGAUACGCUAGCUCACGCGCAUUUUUCUUUAAAAUUUUUUUAUUUUCUAAGAAAGCUAAAAGCUUGGAUGAUUGGUUAUUCUCUGACGGUUUAAAAGUUUCAGAUGCUCCGAAUUAUGAAUCUUUUGUAAAAAAUAAAAUUUUUUGUUCCAAACGGACAGAAAAUUUACAGAUGACCACAAGUUUUUUUAAUUAAAAAGUCAAAAAAAGAAUAAUCCGAGUUUUUUUCAUGUUUCGAAAAAGAGACCGCGGAUUGAAAACUCGUCAAGUAUGGAUUUUAAGAAUUUUUUAUAGUGUCAGAUUUCUGAAGUCGUUUGUUUUUCAAGCGUUUACUUGGUUUAGUAGGCGAUUCCGUACUUUUUGUGUUCCAAAAAGAAAAGUAACAUUUCAAUCUUUUCAGAAUCCCAUUUUUUUGUUACUUGAUAGUUCGUAUUUUUUUCUUUUUUUCAAAAAUUUUUAUUCUAAAAUUUUUCAGAAAUGAGCAGUAUGAGGAGAGCUUUACACACGACUGCAGUUGUUCUGCGCGGCCGCAGUGCUUUUUAUAAUAUUCAUAAAAAGGUUCAAUUAAGUUCUCAAAUUUGAUUUUUACGUUUAAAAUUUUAGGUCGAUGAUCCAGCAAAGCAGGACAUGGAAUAUUUUGAGAAAAAAGCUCGUCUUCUACCUCUUGGUUGGAAUUUUCAUGGAAAAUUGAAAUUAUUGCCAUUUUCAGAUGAAAACUACGUUGACGCUUUGACCAAGUUGUACUAUGAGAAAAUAGGCAGCGAACGGGAUUUGGGACUGAAAGCGGCUGAUAAUUUGGUGAUUAUAUUGGUGUUAAAAAUCCUCUCAGUGGUGUUGAAUAACUUUAUUUUUCGCUGAAAACAGCUCUAUAUCUUGAGAUUUCUUUGAGAAACAUGGACAAAUUUUAUGAAGGCCUCGAGACGAAAAGAUGUCUUUAGUGUGAUUUAAAACAUAUACAAUUUUUUUGCUUCAAAUUACCCAGGCGAUACCUUUUUAGCGAAAUUUUGAGUCACCUUUUUCUAUUUUAUUUCUUCAGAUCUCCGAAAAAGUCACAUUCGGCCUUCCUUCCAUCGAUUUUUCGAAACCCAGAGCCGAAUUUGAGGAUUUGGAUACUUUGGAGAAUGCGCCGGCCAGUGUGAAAAAGAUUUUUAGGUUGAUUUUUGAGAAAAUAUGAGGAAAAGGAUGAUUUUCAGUGUUGAAAUGGCGAGCCGACGGCAACUUUCGUCGGAAUGGAAACAGUCGUUGAUCAAUUCGGUUCGACGGCAUUCUUUGGACACGAAUAGUCCUGAAAUGAAAAGUAGGGACAGUGGAAAUGAAAGGAAAGAAUUAGUGAAAAAAAUGUUGCAAAAAAAUUCAAGAAAAAUUUUUUUAAAAAUUUUUGAGUUUGUUCUUAAUUUCUUUUUUUCUUUUUUUAAUGAAAUUAUGAUUAAGAGUCGUGUUAACUCCGAGAAGAAAAAUUGAAUUGAAAUCUUGAUUCUUUUUUAAAAAAAUUCUUUGUACAAUAAAUAAAUUCGUAUAUUUUUUUCAGAAAUUGAGAAAAAGAAAAAAAGAAAUUUGGUAUUGUUUUUGAAAAAAAUCAGACGAUUAGUCAUAGUAUCAAAAAAACGUGUGGCAUUUUAUUACAUCUUUUUCAAAACAUUGUUAAUAUUUUUCUUAGAAAAAAAGUUGAUAUCCUCAAUCAUUUUUAUACCAAAAGCCUUGCUGUAUGGUUUAAUUUUGAAAAAACUCUAUCCAGGCCUUUUUCUAAAAAUUCAAAACUUUGUUUUGAAAAUUUCCAUGAAUGUUAUUAGUUUCGAUUUUAAAUGAUAAUUCAGAAUUUUUUUGAAUUUCAGUCGGUUGGCUGACGGCUUUGAUCCGACAUUGGUCGCUUCUGGUCGAUGAUAUUGGGCAGGGAACUGAUAAGGUUUUUUCUUUGAAGUUUAUCAAUUGAUAGUUCUAAGCCUUCUUCAAAGACCAUUCUGUUUCUUAAACCUCUGGUUUGGUUUUUAAAAAGCAUCGGAAUUUUUCAAAAAUGUUUCAAGGAGAAAAAAAACGUUUUCAGUGUUAUUUCAGGACUUUAUAAUCUUUUCCAGCGUUUUUGAAGAUAAUUUGAGUUUAAACAUUGUGAUGAAACUUGUAGAAGCCCACCUGGCUCACCCACCGUAUUUGGCUUGUUAUCAACGAAAGAAGGAGGCUUCUUAGAAUUCUGAGGUCUGAUAAAAUCAUGGACGCCUUGACGGUUUAUCUUUUCAGAGAAGAAAACAAGGAAUCGUUCGAAAAAGUAAUAAAAACGCUGAAAAUCUCGUAUCACGUACCGAAGCCGUUGACCCAUGUCAAGACGAGAAAGGUUUUUUUUUUCUUUUUUCAAAUCUUUUGGAUCAUUAUCAUUUAAAAUGAUUGAAAUUAUGCAUUUUUUUGAGAAAAAGUAGUCAAUUUUUGACGAAUUUUUAUGAUUUUUCUCGCGUAAGAUUUGUUGGCUGAAACAUUGGUUUCAAGGCUUGGGCUGAGGCUCAACUGCGGGCCAGGGUCGAAGAGGAGAAGGAGAAGCGACUGGACGAGCUACACACGACCUAUUUGAGGGAGAAAGAAGAGGCGACGGAGAAGAACCGAGCAAGAAGACAGUUGCUUCAGAAGGAGCUCGCCGAGGUCAGGAGAUUUCUGAGAAACUGAGAAAAUGGAAUUUCCUUCAUUAUUCUUAUUCUUUUUUUGAUUUUCGUCACCUUCUUUUGCCCAGCUUUACUUAGCUAUCGUUUCUUCAAGGAAAAAAGAGAAGCAGAUUCUAGAAAAUGUUUCUCUGCAUCAUUCUUCGAAAAUUCAUAUUGGUCGUAGAGAAAAAUUAUUUCCAUUGGUGGUAAAAUAAAAAGAUUUGAUCUUAUUUGACGAUAGUCAUCAAAAAAAUUUUGAACUAGAAUAAAUUAAGUCAUUUUUUCCUAGUGUUAGAGUAUCGUUUUCUAGAACUGGGAAGCGUUAUGAAACAAAUUGUUUCAUAUCAACGUUUUUUUUUUCUUAAAGGUGGAAGGAAAGAUGACGGCGAUCGGGAAAAAUUGA